AUAAAAAUAAUAAUGAUGAUGAUGACGAUUGAAAACCACGUGUACAAAUAUACAGAGGCCGAUCUUUAACUCGUCGAUAGAUCAACGAAGAAUUUUACAAGUUAUAUCGAUUAAUUCAAGUUCAAUUGUGUACAUAUAUGUAUAUUAUACAUACAUAGCCGAUUAAUGAAGGAAAGGGUAAACACGAGUCUCGCAUAGGAUAGGAUUAUCAUUAUUACGAUCGUUAUUGUCAUCGUAAAGGAUUAAGAGCGAGAAAUCGGCAUACCGAUUUUCGCCAAAAGAUCGCGAGAACGAUAGAUCGUUAAGAACGACGAAGAAGAAGCAGCCAUGACGACGAUCGUGCCGUACGACAGUAGUUUGGUGUGGCUGCUGGUGGUCGGGUUCAUCGUGGCUUUCAUCUUGGCCUUCGGCAUCGGUGCCAACGACGUUGCCAACAGCUUUGGGACGAGCGUCGGCGCCGGGGUCCUCACCAUAUUCCAGGCUUGCGUGCUCGCUACGGUCUUCGAGAUCGCCGGUGCCAUUCUCAUUGGAUACAAGGUGUCCGACACGAUGCGCAAGGGAAUCCUGGACGUGUCGCUGUACGAGGGCCACGAGAAGGAGCUGAUGCUGGGGAGCUUGUCGAGCUUGGCUGGCUCGGCUAUCUGGUUGCUGGUGGCUACCGCGUUCAAAUUACCGAUCUCCGGAACUCACUCGAUCGUCGGGGCUGUCGUUGGCUUCUCGCUCGUCUGUCGAGGCACCGCAGGAGUAGGUUUUAUUGGUGCCGUAGGUGCAGCGAUGACGGUUUUAUUGGCGAGCAAAGCCGGUCUGCCGGUCUCUACGACCCACUGCAAGGUGGGCUCCAUCGUUUGCGUCGGGUGGGCCUCGCAGGGCUGCCAAGGCGUCAGUUGGUCCCUGUUCCGCAACAUUGCCGGCGCUUGGCUGAUAACCGUGCCCGUGGCCGGCUUACUCUCCGCCGGCUGCAUGCUCAUCUUCCUCCAACUAUUUGACGUCUGAGAGCCUCGUUGUUGUUACUAUUAUUAUUAUUAUUACUUAUACGAUAGAGUAUGAUUAAUAUGUAUAAUAUAUAGGCAUAUGCGAUGUACGCUAAUUACGAGUUUUCCUCGCGAUCAUCAUACGGGCUAUACAACAUAUGUCGUAGUAAUAAUGGGUUAUUGAUAAUUAUUGUAACAAUAGGAAAGAUGAUAUUAAUAGUAUACAGUUUUAUGGUAAGGUGUAUGUGAAUAAUCGGCUCCCACCAUCCUUUGGGAGUCCCUUUUUACUGCGAAGGAUUUUUUCGAGUGGCUUUUUGUCCGAGUGUUGUUUAUGGAAAUCGUGUCAGUUGUGCGAAAAGGUUUUUAAGAGAGAA